AUGCAAAUUCUCAGAGAAAUCUUUGAAUAUGUCUAUUUUAUUAUACGAAACAUUCUGGUGGCUUUAGUUGAUCUGUAUAUCAUGUAUGCUCGUGUUGGACUUGUUUGGAGACGUCGUCGUCAUCGUCCAGCAUCUAUGGAGCGAUUGGAUCUUGUUAUGCAAUUAGCUCCUCAGUCACCUGUGCAUAGUCGAAUUAGUGCAUCCGAUAUGAUUCUUGUUCUUAAUGAAUCCUUCUUGGAUCGUUCCUUGUGGAAAGGUUUAAAUACCAGUGGGGCUCAACCUUCCGCUAUCGUAACUGGUGUAUCCUAUGGUGGAAUUGGUUUCUACACCGCACUAAAUCUCAUUCUCUGUGGAUUUACUGUACAUGGUAUUUGCCGCACCCUAAAGUCAAUGGAUCGUACUGUUCAUAUGAUUCAACGUGCUGUGGAGCGACAGGUAAAAUUACAUAAAGAGUGGGUGGGAAAGAUAGGUCGCCUUAUAUCACAUGUAUGUGAUUUAAGUGAUACUAUUGCGGUAAGUAAUCUCUGUUCUGCACUCUUGCGAGAUCCUAAUAUUCGGGUAUUGGUGUGUAAUGCAGGGACUUGUGCCACUCCCCCACAUCUCUCAUCUCAACGGCUUGAGCAGCAAUUUGCCACUCGGCAUGUGGGACAUAGUUUAUUAAUGCUUCGUCUACUGCAAGGUAGAAUGCAGGAACGGAAUCUCCCUUUAUCGUUAUGGCCAUAUUGGCGAUUUGUAGUUGUUUCCUGUGCCUCCACAGAAGCAAUAGAUCCCACAGUGGAGAAUGUUUUCAUGACACACGAUGAUGAAUCCUAUUUUAAAGCUACUACCAAUAAAUAUAGUUCUUGUGGUCGUGCAGAAAUGUGUAGACUUUUAUUUGCUCUUGCAUUAAGUCGUUUUAUACAAAAUAAUAAUCGUCUUGCCGAUUUCUGCACGGUUAAUAUUAUUCAUCCUGGUCCUGCACGUAGUCGUGUGAUUCCCAAUAGUCAUUUGCCCUUUUCUGCCCUUCUCGACAGUGAGGCGGCCGCACUUCUCCGCAUUUCUCCCGUCGUCUCCGCCCUUUAUGUGACGGAUCUCUGCCUGAACAAACGUGUGGAGGACACGAAUGGACAUUAUUUCCGCAUGGGCGAAGAUGAGACGACGGGCUUCGCGGAUCUGCAGAAAAGUGGCGGGGCGCGAUUGGGCCGGUGGGUGAACUCACCGCUUUUCCGCGGGAUGCCGCAGCCGGCGCUGUCGCUCUCCACACGCAAACAGGAUGAGUUGUGGCGCCUCACACUCUCAUACCUCAUCUCGCAUGGAUUACUGGAGGCGAAGGUAUUUCAUUGA